CCCCCAAAUUAAUCUCCAACCCUUUCCUCAUAGCUACAAUGGCUCAUCUGCAAGAAACCAUGAAAGAAAAAGAACAUAUUUUCCAGAGCAAGUAUUCAGCAGUUCCAGUGCCAGAUAACAUGACACUGCCACAAUUUGUUCUCCAUGAAGCUGAACUGUGUGCAGAAAAAGUAGCAUUUGUGGAGGCUGUAAGUGGGAAGGAGUAUACAUAUGGUCAGGUUAUCAGAGACACUCGAAGGUUUACCAAGGCAUUGAGGUCUCUGGGACUGAGGAAGGGACGGGUGGUGGUGGUUGUUCUCCCAAACAUGGCAGAGUACGCCAUUGUUGCUCUAGGGAUAAUGGCGGCUGGCGGCGUGUUCUCUGGUGCAAAUCCAGCAGCCCAUGUAUCAGAGAUACGGAAGCAAGCAGAAGUUGCUGAUGCUGAGCUGAUUGUAACAACUGGCUCUUUGUAUGAGAAGGUUAGUAGUCUGGGAUUGCCUGUCAUAGUGGUGGGAGAAGAACGAGUUUCCAGUGCCAUCUCUUGGGAUGAACUGCUCGUAGCAGGAGACCGUGCGGGCAUCGACACUGCAGAUGAUCAUAUAAACCAGAAUGAUUUAUGUGCCCUUCCAUUCUCUUCAGGCACCACAGGAACAUCAAAGGGUGUCAUGCUUACCCACCGAAAUCUAGUGGCCAACCUCUGCUCUUCUCUCUUCAGUGUGAGUUCUGAAAUGGUAGGCCAAGUUACCACAUUAGGUCUAAUGCCAUUCUUCCACAUAUAUGGGAUCACUGGUAUCUGUUGUGCUACACUAAGGAACAAGGGAAAGGUAGUAGUGAUGGGAAGGUUUGAGCUUCGAACAUUUUUGAAUGUGUUGAUUGUUCAUGAGGUAAACUUCGCUCCCAUUGUGCCACCAAUCAUGUUGGAAUUGGUUAAGAAUCCAGUGGUGGAUGAAUUUGAUCUUAGUAAACUCAAACUCAAGGCUGUCAUGACAGCAGCAGCUCCCUUAGCACCAGAGCUUCUAGCCUCAUUCGAGAACAAGUUCCCUGGGGUCCAAGUUCAAGAGGCCUAUGGAUUGACUGAGCACAGCUGCAUUACUUUGACCCAUGGGGAUCCAAGCAAAGGGCAUGGCAUAGCAAAGAGAAACUCAGUUGGGUUCAUCCUUCCCAAUUUAGACAUCAAAUUCAUUGAUCCUGAAACUGGCCGAUCUCUCCCCAAGAACACCCCCGGUGAACUUUGUGUCCGAAGCCAAUGUGUAAUGCAAGGUUACUAUAAAAACAAGGAAGACACAGACCGGACAAUUGAUGGCAACGGGUGGCUUCACACCGGCGACAUCGGGUACAUAGACGAUGAUGGAGAUAUCUUUAUCGUGGACCGCAUCAAGGAGCUAAUCAAGUACAAGGGUUUCCAGGUUGCUCCAGCUGAGCUAGAAGCCGUCCUUCUUUCUCACCCUUCCAUCAAUGACGCCGCUGUCGUCCCAUUGCCAGACGAAGAAGCAGGAGAAUUCCCAGCGGCUUGUGUUGUGAUGAACCCAAAUGCAAAAGAUAGUGAGAAAGACAUAAUGAACUAUGUUGGCUCAAAUGUAGCCUCUUAUAAGAAGAUUAGAGUGGUGCAGUUUGUGGAUUCAAUCCCUAAAUCACCUUCUGGCAAGAUCAUGAGAAGAUUCCUUCGAGAGAAGAUGGUGACAAGAAUGGACAACAAGCCAAGCAAUUAA